AAAAAAACCUCAACACCUUUUAGUUUUUUGAGCAAAAAGGAACAAUACAUCAUCACGUGUUUUUAAUAGAAGGAAACAUAAAUUGUAGUAGAUAAUCGAUUAAUAUAUACAAAAUAAUAAUACUUGCUUGGGAAUCAUCAUGACUGAUAUUGAAUUACCCGAUAAUGUAAUUGUUGAUACAAUUCCUCAGCAGCAGGAGACUAUUGUUAGCUUGAGUAAUAGCAGCCCUGUUGAUGAUAAAAAGUUUAUUAGAAGAUCGCCUCCUAUUCAGUUGGAAUGGCACAAUUUGGAAUAUAAAGUCAAGGUUAAAGCUCCAGCACCUUCCAAUUUAUUAACUGCUAAGGAAAGAUUCAAAUUUACAAUGAGUAACAUGUUUAAGAAGGUUGAAAAGCAAAUUCUUCAUCCAAUGACUGGUUAUGUUGCCCCUGGUUCUGUCCUCGCUAUUAUGGGUCCAUCAGGUGCUGGUAAAACUUCAUUGUUGAAUAUUCUCUCACAAAGAGUUAAAGCUUCUGGAGGUGAAAUUAGAGCAAACGGAGAAAAGGCAGGAAAGGCCUUUAGAUCACUUUCUGCUUUCGUUCAACAGGAUGACGUCUUGAUGGGCAACUUGACAGUAAGAGAAUCAUUACGUUAUGCUGCCAUGUUGCGUUUGGACAGUAAAAUUCCACUUAAAGAAAGAAUGACUAGAGUUGAUACAAUUAUUGAGGAAUUAGGUCUUUCAAAGGCUGCUGAUACUAAGGUUGGUAUUCCUGGUUUUACAAAGGGUAUCUCAGGAGGUGAAAGAAAGCGUUUGUGUAUUGGUAUUGAACUUUUGACUGAACCUAGUGUCUUAUUUUUGGAUGAACCUACAACUGGUUUGGACUCAAAGACCAGUUACAAUGUCAUGAAAACAAUUUCCAAAUUGGCUACUCACGGACGUACUGUCGUUUUGACAAUUCACCAACCUUCAUCUAAUAUUUAUGAAAUUUUCGACAAACUUUUACUUCUCUCUAGAGGACGUGUUGCUUAUUUCGGAAAUGCUAAGGAUGCUGUGCCAUACUUUUCUGAUAUUGGACACCCUUGCCCAGUUGGUUACAAUCCUGCCGACUUUUUGAUGGAUGUUAUUACAGAAAAUGCUGCCCUCACAGGUGACAAUCUUGAAAAGAAGAAGAGACAAGAUGAAAGAAUUGAAGGAGUUUUGAACCAUUAUUCCAAAAAUGUACAAUUAGAAAUUCCACCUACCCAACAAUUAGAUAGUAACCUUAAGAGAUUUUCAUCGUACAAUUCCAGUUGGUUUGCACAAUUUACAGUGCUUACUAUGAGAGCGUUCAUUAACAUUAUCAGAGAUAAGAAGGUGACAAUGGCCAAGUUUGUGCAGAAUAUUGUCAUGUCUCUGUUUGUGGGUCUGAUCUUUUUACAACUGGGGUAUGAACAAUCCAAUGUUCAAGACAGAAUCGGUGUGCUAUUUUUCAUUUUAACAAAUCAAUUUUUGGGCUCUGCCAUGUCCUCAGUUUCAAUGAUGUACGAUGAAAAACCAAUCUUUUUGAGAGAAAGAGGUGCAAAAAUGUACAAAGUCAGUAGUUAUUUCCUUGCCAGAAGUGUUGCCGAAAUGCCAACCAUGUUUUUCUUCCCUCUAUUGUUUGGUGCUAUAGUGUAUUGGAUGACGAACCUUAAUCCUAAUAUUGAACGAUUUUUCAUGUUCAUGUUCUUAUUGGGUGUAAUUGGUUUGACUGGUCAAUCUCUUGGUUUGAUGAUUGGUACAUUGAUGCCAAAUAUGGGUGUUGCUAUGGCUAUUAUUCCACUUGUAAAUACUGUGCUCAUGCUUUUCGGUGGCUUCUACAGAAAUGUGAACAAUUUACCAAACUAUACUGUAUGGAUUUAUUGGACGUCUCUAUUCCACUUUGGAUUUGAGGCCCUUGUUCUGAAUGAAUUUAUUGGUGAAAAGUUUGUUUGCCCAUCAACAGGAGUAUGUGCUUUCCCAACUGGUGAAGCUGUCAUUGAAAACUUGGAAAUGACUAGUGUCAUGUCCAAUGUAUGGAUCAAUGUUGGUCUCUGUUUUGCUUUGGCACUCGCUUACAGAAUCAUUGGUUUCCUUGCUUUGAGAAUUCUCGUUAAACCAAAGGGUGGAUAAACUAUCUAAUUCACACUAAAUUGUUAAAUAAAACACAAAUCAUUUAUUCUAUU